UCCGACGUCUGUGAAUAACAAGGCUGGUGACUGGUGAAGGGGUGAGGGUUGUUGCCCAAAUAAUUGUAUGGACCAUUCAAGUUGAAGUUUAAGUUGAGGUUCAACCGUUCAAGUUCACGUAUUCUUCCCGGCAAAACUCUGCCAUUGUUGAUUUCGCUAGUACCGUCGUUUCUCUCUUUCACAUUGUUGGAAUCUCUUCUGUAAUUUUAGGGUUCGAAAUCCAGUAGUAAAAUGAAGAAAUCACCAUUACCUGUGCAAAAUAUAUGUGGGACACCAAAGAAUAAAUGUGGGAAGGAAGCUUUGGUCAAAAUAUUGAGAUGGCAUUUUGGGCAUUCUGAAUUUCGAGGCAAGCAGCUAGAGGCCAUCGAAGCUGUUUUAUCAGGAAGGGAUUGUUUUGGUCUUAUGCCCACUGGAGGGGGGAAGUCAAUGUGUUAUCAGAUUCCUGCCCUUGCAAAUAAUGGCAUUGUCCUUGUUGUUUGCCCUUUAAUAGCUUUGAUGGAAAACCAAGUGAAGGCCUUGAAGGAGAAGGGCAUUGGAGCUGAGUUUCUCUCCUCAACUCAGACAUCUGCUGUCAGAGAGAGGAUUUACGAGGACCUGAACUCUGGAAAACCUUCCCUGAAGCUGCUGUAUGUGACUCCAGAGUUGAUAGCUACAUCAGGUUUCAGCAUUAAGUUGUCAAAUCAUGGCAGGGGGCUGUUGCAUUUGAUUGCCAUAGAUGAGGCGCAUUGUAUAUCAUCGUGGGGUCAUGACUUCAGGCCAAGCUACCGGAAACUGUCUUCUUUGAGAGACAUCCUUCCAGAUGUCCCAAUUUUGGCAUUGACAGCAACGGCUGCACCAAAGGUUCAGACUGAUGUCAUUCAAUCAUUGUGCUUGCAAAAUCCUUUAGUCCUAAAAUCAUCCUUCAAUCGCCCUAAUAUACAUUAUGAAGUUCGAUAUAAAGAUCUUCUAGAUGAUAGCUAUGCUGAUUUAUGUGGGGUAAUGAAAUCCUGUGGAGAUGUCUGUGGAAUUAUUUACUGCCUUGAGAGAUCAGCUUGUGAUGCUCUGGCUGUUCACUUGUCGAGCAAUGGCAUAUCAUGCGCUGCUUACCAUGCUGGUUUGAACAAUAAAUUACGAAGCUCUGUCUUAGAUGAUUGGAUUUCUUCGAAGAUACAAGUUGUUGUGGCCACAGUUGCCUUUGGAAUGGGAAUAGAUAGAAAGGAUGUUCGAAUUGUAUGUCACUUCAAUAUCCCAAAGUCAAUGGAAGCAUUUUAUCAAGAGUCUGGUAGAGCUGGACGUGAUCAGUUGCCAUGUCGAAGUGUUUUAUAUUAUAGCAUUGACGAUCGCAAGAGAAUGGAAUUUAUUCUGAAGAAUCCUCAAAACAAGAAAUCAAAGUCCUCAAGUUUGGAAGAUGCAUCGUCAAAGAAGUCACUCGAUGAUUUUAGACAGAUGGUUGAGUACUGUGAAGGUGCUGAUUGCCGUAGGAAGAAAAUUCUUCAGAGCUUUGGGGAAAAGGCCCCUGCAUCUCUCUGCAGAAAAACAUGUGAUACCUGCAAACAGCCAAAUUUAGUGGCUAAGCACCUGGAGCAGUUAAGUUCCUCAGCAGCUCGACAGAAAAACGUGCUGGCUAGAGUUGAUAUAAACAGUUCCUCAAACAAUGUUGAUGGAGAAUGGUAUAGUGAAUUUUGGAAUCGUAGUGAUGAUAAAUCUUGUGAUUCUGAAGAAGAAAUAUCAGAUUCUGAUGAGGAAGGGGAAGCAUUAAAAAGCCUGAGCUACUCAGGCUUUUCAUCAAGAUCUCGGUUAAGUGAAAAACUUGAUAUAUUGCAGCGAGCAGAAGAAAAGUAUUAUCAGAACCAAGGCUCUCAGAAAGAGACUAGUAGAAAAGACAAAAAUUUGAUAUCCGACACAUUAAGAGAAUCAUGCAAGCAACGGCUGGCAAAUGCUUUGAAGGAAAAUCAACGACUUGGCAGUGUUGACAUUGAAUCAGCCGUCACAAUCCUUGAAAAUGAAUGCUACAAGAAAUGUGAAAAAGGCGGGAAAACGUUUUAUCUAUCACAGAUGGCUAGUACAGCAAGGUGGCUAUCAACUGCAACUGUAAAUGAUCUAACUAACAAGCUGCAGUCCAACACCCCAAAUAACAACUUGAAGAAAAAGGAGGUUUCCCUUCUGGAGCCAACUUCCUCCUCAAAUAAUUCCAUUAAACCUAUGAAAGAAAUUAUCUAUGAAAAAAGUAGAAUUGAUCCAUCUGCAACUGCUGAAUCAUCAGAAAGCAUAGCACAAAAAAUAGUGCUACCACCUGUUCCUUCCUUCUCCAACUUUUUAAGAAGCAAUAAAGCGAAAGAUGGUCAAGCCACUCAACAUUCUAACUCAAAAAGGAAUUCAGCAGAUUUUUCUGGUACUGCUGACAAGAGGAUGAGGUCGCAGUAGUCUUACACCAUUUUUCUCUUCAUUUGCCUUCUUACAUCCUGUACUUAAUUUCUUCAAUACCUCUGGUUAUUGACAUUUAGCAUGUAUCUCAUCUCCAAGCUGCCCUUCUAGAGAGCAGUGGCUACAGCAUGUAGGCCGGUCUGAACCCAUAACAUUAAUGUUUGUCAAAUUUGAAGAAUAAUCACACUUAGUAA